UGAGACAACCAGUCCUUCAACUACUAAACCCGGAAGAGAACCUUCGCUCGUGUUUGAUAAUUUACCUUAUCCACGGCUUCUCUUUCGUUUGUUUUGUACAUUUUUAUCCCGUUUUUUUCAGAAUUGUACUCUCGUCAUGAAAAGACGAGAGACACGUCUUACAAGUAGAAAGACUACAGACACGAGUGGACAUUUAUUGAUGUGGUUAUUAUCAUACGAAGCGGGGAUUCGUCUUCAGCAGCAGUUUAGCUCAAACGUUAGCCCGGGAAAAGACUGGCCGUUAGCUCCGAUUGGUCUGCUGCGUGCCGAUGCUGCUCUGACCGACCGCCGCGGAGAUGAUGGCGUCGCCGGGCGGUCCGUCUCCGCCGGGCUUCAGGCAGCUGUCGGUCUUACUGGUGGACUGUCUGAAGGAACCAGCAGACCCGGGACCAGCUCGGAGGCCGGAACAGGACGACGACUUCUCGGCCGUCGUCCGCCAGACCGGCUGCGCGAGAGCUCCCGGACCGAACGGGUGGGUCGUUCAUCCGGCAGCCGAGCAGAGCUACGCCAGCGUCGAGGUCGAGUUGGAGGCGGAGGACGGGCGGCCGCAGGAGGAUGAGCAGCCGGAGGCCGGCGUCUCCCCUGGGGAUCCACUAGAGCCGGCGGACGCGAUAAAACAGGAGCCGCACUGGCGCGACACCGACACCGCGGCGGAGAUCCAGCCGUGCAAAGAAGAAGCCGUCGACGACGGCCGCGACAACGGAAACCCCGACUGGAAGGAACGGUCGGCGCCUCCGGAGGACGGGGCCGCGGCGUUCCCGCGGGACCCCGAGCCGUCCGAGGCGCUCAAAACGGAGGCGGCGCCCGACGACGCCGGCGAUUCGGAGGACGCAAAACCGCCAAACGGCUCUUGGGACGCCGCCGCCGCGCCGCAACAACGAGGCGCCGAAGACGAAGAAGCCUCGGAGCCGGGAGCGCCAGCGGAGAAGCAGCAGCAGGAAGGUGCGGCGCCACACCACCGCUGCGAGAACUGCGGGAAGUCCUUCGCCAAGCGGAGCAACGUCACCCGACACCAGCGCUACAACUGCGGCGCGACGAAGGGCGCGCCGAGCCGGCCCGAGUCGUCGGAGCGGGAGACCGAUCCGUGCGAUUCGCUGCCCGUGCAUUCGCGCGAAAAGCGCGACCAGACCCUCCGCUCGAGGCGGCGCGCGCGCUCUCCCGCCGAGGACGCCGAAAGUCCCAAGAGCAAAGCAACAGCCGAGGCGGCGAGGCCGCGAGAGGGACGCCACGUCUGCAAGAGCUUCCACGUGGCGCACGCCCUCCGGCAGCACCUGCUCACCCACGCCAGGGAGAAGCGCUACAGCGUCACCACGCCGGAGCAACCAGGCGCUGAAGACGAAGACGAAGAAGCCUCGGAGCCGGGAGCGCCAGCCGAGAAGCAGCAGGAAGGUGCGGCGUCUGAGCCGCCACACCACCGCUGCGAGAACUGCGGGAAGUCCUUUGCCAAGCGGAGCAACGUCACCCGACACCAGCGCUACAACUGCUGCACGACGAAGGGCGCUCCGAGCCGGCCCGAGUCGCCGACGGAGCCGCCGAUGGAGCCGGAGGCGCAUUCGCGCGACAAGCGCGCCGGGGCCCUCCGGAGUAAACGCCGCUCAAGGCGGCGUGUAGACUUUCCCGCCGAGGACGGUGAAAAUCCCAAGUGCAAAGACACGCCCGCGGCGGCGAGGCCGCGAGAGAGACGCCACGUCUGCACGCAGUGCGACAAGAGCUUCCACGUGGCGCACGCCCUCCGGCGGCACCUGCUCACCCACGCCAGGGAGAAGCGCUACAGCGUCACCACGCCGGAGCAACCAGACGCUGAAGACGAAGUCGAAGAAGCCUCGGAGCCGGGAGCGCCAGCGGAGAAGCAGCAGCAGCAGGAAGGUGCGGCGUCUGAGCCGGCGUCCCACCGCUGCGACAACUGCGGCAAGUCCUUUGCCAAGCGGAGCAACGUCGCCCGACACCAGCGCUACCACUGCGGCACGACGAGCCGGCCCGAGCCGGCCGAGCAGACGGAGCGAGAGACGGAUCCGCGCGGCAAGCGCAGCCGGACCCCCCGGAGUAAACGCCGCUCGAGGCGGCGCGCGCGCUCUCCCGCCGAGGACGGCGAAAACCCCACGCGCAAGGAAACGCCCGGGGCGGCGAGGCCGAGGGAGAGGCGCCACGUCUGCAAGCAGUGCGACAAGAGCUUCUACAUGCCGCACACCCUCCGGCAGCACCUGCUCACCCACACCCGGGAGAGGCGCUACAGCUGCGACGUGUGCCGGAAGCAGUUUGGCCGGCCGGGCACGCUGAAGCAGCACCUGCUCGUCCACACGGCGGUGAGGCCGUUCAAGUGCGAGGAGUGCGGCAAGGCGUGCGCCCGCAAGGGCGACCUGAAGACGCACAUGCUCAGCCACUCCGAGGAGCGGCCGUUCAGCUGCGGCCGCUGCGACGUGAGCUUCAAGCAGCUGGCCAAGCUGCGGCAGCACGAACGCGUCCACACGGGCGAGAGGCCGCACCGGUGCAAGCUGUGCCCGAAGCGCUUCCGGCUGCGCGCCUCGCUGGCGGCGCACCGGCUCACCCACUCGGGCGACAAGCCCUUCGAGUGCGGCGUGUGCCACAGGGCGUUCAGCGGCCGGAGCAACCUGAAGAAGCACCAGAUGAUCCACAGCGGCGAGAAGCCGUACCAGUGCGCCUACUGCGGCAAGGCGUGCCGCCUCCUGCAGCACCUCGUGGCCCACGAGCGCAGCCACACGGGCGAGAAGCCGUACAAGUGCGGCGCGUGCGGCAAGGGCUACGCGCACCCGUCGGCGCUGAAAGCGCACCUGGCGGCGCACGAGGAGAAGCCGCCGCGCUGCUCCCUGUGCGGGCUGGGCUUCCCCGGGCGCGCAGAGCUGGCCGCGCACCAGUGCGGCGCGGCGGAGGCGGCGGAGAAGCCGCACCGCUGCGCCGAGUGCGGCAAGUGCUUCUCCCUGGCGGCGAAGCUGAAGAGCCACCAGACGAUCCAUUCGGGGGAGAAACCCUUCGACUGUAAACACUGCGCCAAGCGGUUCAACCACAGGAGCAACCUCGCCAAACACGUCCGCAUCCACACGGGCGAGAAGCCCUUCGGGUGCGAGCGCUGCGAGAAACGCUUCCGGCUCCGCCAGCAUCUCACCAGCCACCGACAGACACACAAACAUUGAGACGCGUUGGGUAUUUUCUAGAUCCGUCGAUGUAGUUGUCAACUCUCGCUAUCAACUAUUUUUGAUAAUCUGAUUUGAACUCUGAGGUCAGCGUUGCUAAAUGUGAACAUGUUCUAGUUUCUUCUCUCCUCUGUGACCGUAAAACUGAAUUAGAGUUUAGAUUAUCUCGCCCGAGCCCGAAAUAUCGGCCCAAAAACCCUAAAAGGGAGUUUUUCCUCGCCACUGUCGCACUAAAUGCUCGCUCUUUCGGGGGGAAUUACUGGAAUUGUAAAUUAUAGAGUGUGGUCUAGACCUACUCCUAU